AUGGAUGUGUUGAUGGAACGAAUCAAGGAAGCCGAGCACUUCCGUGAUCGAUACUUCAAGGAGCAUCCCAACUCGACGUUAGCUGAAAAGUCAAAAUCUGUUCGAGAGCGGGUUAUUCCUCUAUUACAGGAUAUUCCACUGGAAAUUCGUGGUUCGUCAUCGUCGAGUGCGGAUUAUUGUUUGCUGAGCGGAACAAUUUUGAAUAUUUGCACAGAAUAUGAGCCGGAAUGUGAGAAGUAUUUAACGAAAGCGGUCAAGUUGAACCCACGUUUGACGAAUGCCUGGUACGAGUUGGGUGAAUGCUUAUGGAAGAGGGAAGAUUAUGAGAUCGCAAUUGAUUGCUUCAAGAAAUCAUUAUCGGUCGAACGUAACAUCAAAUCGUUGUGCUCCCUUGCAACCGCACUACGUCAAAUGGCACUUCGGACGAAAGACGCGCAAAAAGCUGCCGAGCUACGCACUGAAGCAUCUCGUCUGUGCGCUGAAGCCGUAGAACUGGAUGGUGAGAAUGCAACAGCGUGGUAUGCACUUGGAAAUGCGUAUGUCACAGAUUUCUUCUCAAAUGGACAAACCAAUCCACUGUAUAUGAAAAAAGCUCGAGAAGCAUAUGAAAAAGCGUUGACAGUGAAGGAUGAUCGGGAAUCGUUGAGUCCAGAUCUGCAUUUGAACUACGCGACAGCACUGAAGUUCGAGCAAGAUUUUGCGAAAUGUUUGCAACAUUUGUUCAUCGCAAGCGAGUUGGAUCCACAUUUUUUCGAUGCCAAAGAACGUUACGAAUCAUUGUGCAUCUAUCUGAAACACUUUUCGGAAGCCAUUCAGCGGAAAGGUAGGUUGAAAUCAAAACGUUUAGUGGAGUUCCAAAAAGCGUUGAGUAAUAUUCCGUCGAACAAAUCCACUCAACAACAACAAUUUCUGUCGAGGCGAGUGUAUCGAAACAGUGCUGCGCGAGAUUCGGAUGAUAGGAAAGAGGAGAAACAAUUGACGGAAUGUGAUUUUGAGUCGUUGCAUGAAGGGCCAAACGAAGACGUUUAUAUUGUGGGUAAAGUGUGCGGAAUUGUACCGAACGCAGAUACUGUUCCAUUGUUAGUUCAUUCAAGAAUUUAUGAAUACUUUACUCUAAAAUUCCGUCAUUGUUGA